GAAAAUGACACUCACGCUUCUUCUUCGACAGCGCGCACUUAAAAUUCCUUCUCUGAUAGCUGCAGCCAGAAGGUUUAACAGCAGUCUUGUCGAGACUAAACAAGAUGGAGAGAUCUUCCUUGUAUCGAUUGCACGACCCGAGAAGCGCAACGCGGUUGAUGCAGAGACCGCGAAAGAGCUCGCAGACGCGUUUAGACAUUUCGAGAUCGACGAUGAAAGUUCAGUGGCUGUGUUGUAUGGGAAAGGAGAUACGUUUUGUGCAGGAUAUGAUCUAGAAUAUCUAUCUACCAGGGGUCCUGAUGAGUUCCUGAGAUGGCUCACCCCCCCUGGAGAAGGAGACGGUCCCAUGGGCCCAACUCGAUUGAAACUCACUAAACCAGUGAUUGGUGCCAUUGAGGGACAUGCAGUUGCAGGAGGAAUGGAGUUGGCACUGAUGUGUGAUCUCAGAGUUGUUGCAGAAGAUGCAGUCAUGGGAAUGUUCAACAGAAGAUUUGGUGUGCCUACAGUGGAUGGAGGUACAGUGCGGUUACCAUACAUUGUUGGUCUUUCACGUGCAUUAGACCUGAUCAUGACAGGCCGUGCUGUACAUGCAACAGAAGCUCUUAGCAUUGGCCUUGCUAACAGAGUUGUUCCCAAAGGAAAAACAGUCGAAGAAGCUCUCAAACUUGCAAAAAUGUUGGUUCGCUUUCCAAGAGAGGCACUGUGUGCAGACCGCAAAUCUGUUUUCUAUGCCACAUUCAAUGCAGAUUCCUUUUACGAUGCUCUGACAUAUGAAUACUCCAAAGGAGUGAAACUGCAAAUCAUGAAGGAUUCCAUUGAGGGAGCAAAGCAGUUUUUACAGGGGAAAGGCCGUAAGGGUUCGUUUGAUGACUACUUGGAUUAAAAUUGAUUUUACACAUUACUUUUACACAUCAAUUUAAGAACAAAGUGCUAAGUAUUGAAAAUGAAUUAAAGCUAGCUAACUUCAAAACAUCAUCAUAUUUUACCCUUUAACUCCCAGAAGUAAUUAACAUAAAAUUUCUCCCAACAAUAUCCAUACAUUAUUCAGCAAACAGGUAAUGAGAAUAUUCAAACUUAUCAGGUAGAAGCUGCUAUCUUGAUCUAGCACCAAGUUAUCAUAACUAAUUUACAAGGAAAU